GUCGUUAACGCAAAUUUAUUUCUACGGAUGAUAUCUUGGCGUCAUUUCUCUUCCUCCUUUGUCCGGAAAAAAACUUUUCACUUUAAAUAUUCGACUUUUCCCUCGCAAUUAUCGCUCUCUAAAUCGAGAGUAAGAGAUAGAAACAGAGAAGGAGAAGAACAAGUAGAUAAAGAAAGAAGCAAUGGCGAAACAAGAUAAGAAAGAGAGAAAAAUAUUAGCAUUUACAGGUGGAAUAGCUAUUGCAGCUUUUGCUCUAAACCUAAUCAUCUCAGCCAUUCAUAACAAUAAACAAAAAAACAAGAACAAAUCCAAAAAAGAUAUUCCAGGUUCAAAUGUUCGUGUUAAUUUGACGGCGAGUGAGAUACUUAAAUUAGCUGAUCAAGUAAUUGCAAAAUCUAAAGAGGUUUAUAGUGCAGUAGCUUCAGUCUCACUAGACAAGGUUACAUAUGCGAAUGUGAUUUUGCCUAUUGCAGAACUAGAAGCACGUCAAUUUCCAUUAGUACAGUCAUGUGUGUUUCAAAAGAUGGUUGCUAUUUCGGAGGAAGUUCGUAAAGCUAGUGCUGAAGCUGAGAAGAAGAUAGAUGAUCAUAUCCUUAUGUGCAGCAAGCGUGAUGAUGUGUAUCGUGUAAUCAAGGCUUUUACCACAAAAGGUGAAUGGAUUAACCCAGAAGCAGAACGUUACGUUCAGUGCCUGGUUCAGGAUUUUGAGCGGAAUGGAUUGAACCUAUCUUCCAGCAAAAGAGAAGAAGUUCAACGAUUGCGAGCUCAAAUUGAUGAGCUGAGCAUGCGGUAUAUCCAAAACUUGAAUGAUGAUUGCACUUCUCUUCUCUUCAGUGAGGCAGAUCUGCUUGGAUUGCCACCAAAAUUUAUUCAGAGCUUGGACAAGGCCAACAAUGGAAAAUUAAAGAUCAACCUUAGAGGUCAGCAUGUUUCUCCAUUACUAGAGCAUUGCAAGGUGGGAAGCACGAGGAAGAUGGUGGCAAUUGCCUAUGGUCGGAGAUGCGGAGAAACCAAUCUUUCCCUCUUAGAAAAUCUGGUUCAGAGACGUCAUAAACUUGCUAGGUUGCUUGGCUAUUCAAACUAUGCUGACUAUGCUGUUGAGCCUAGAAUGGCGAAGAUGUCUGCUAAGGUGUUUGAGUUCCUAGAGAACAUCUCUAUCAGUUUAACGGACUUGGCUACUAAAGAACUUGCUGCACUUAAAGAUCUGAAGAAGCAAGAGGAAGGGCAAUCUCCCUUUGGAAUGGAAGACCUACUGUAUUAUGUGAAAAGGGCUGAACAACAGAAGCUUGAUCUUGACUAUGGAGUUGUCAAUCAAUAUUUUCCUAUUAGCUUGGUUCUUUCAGGGAUUUUCAAAAUUUUCCAAGACCUAUUUGGCCUAAAAUUUGAGGAGAUGGCAGAUGCUGAGGUUUGGCAUAAUGAUGUUCUCUGUUUCUCUGCUUUGGACUUAAGUUCUAGUGAGCUCUUAGGUUAUUUCUACCUAGAUCUCUAUGCCAGGGAAGGGAAGUAUGACCAAACUUGUGUUGUGUCCCUGCAAAAUGGUUCUUUAUCAUCAAAUGGUGCACGCCAGAUGCCAGUAGCACUACUAUUGUCCCACUUCCAAAAUGAAGUUGACGGUAGCUCUCGGUUGUUGCGAUUCUCGGAGGUGGUUAAUCUUUUCCACGAACUUGGUCAUGUGGUCCAUCAUAUCUGCAAUCGUGCGUCAUUUGCUAGAUUCUCGGGGUUCCAUGUUGAUCCAGAUUUUGUUGAGAUUCCUAGUCAAGUUCUAGAAAACUGGUGUUACGAAAGCAGCACUUUGAAGUUAAUGUCUGGUUUCCAUCAGGACAUUACUAAACCAGUUACAGAUGAAAUGUGCUCUUCAUUGAAGAAAAGGCGGGAUUCAUUUUCUGCAAUUAAGUUGAAGCAAGAAAUUCUUCUCUGUCUUUUGGAUCAAAUUAUACAUUCAAGUGAAAAUGUUGACACAAUGGAACUACUCAAGCAUCUUCACCCAAAGGUGAUGUUAGGGUUACCAAUUCUAGAGGGAACAAAUCCAGCUUCAAGUUUUCCACGUCUUGCUAUUGGUUAUGAAGCCACUUGCUAUAGUCGCAUUUGGAGUGAGGUUUUUGCUGCGGAUAUAUUUGCAACCAAGUUUCAAGAUGGCCUUGUAAAUCCUCAUGUAGGCAUGCAGUUCAGAAAUAAGGUACAUGAAUUCUAUUCGACUAUUUUAUGGUUCAGAAGUACAGAACAGCUAAAACCUUGUCUGCAUUAUAUGCAGGUAUUGGCCCCUGGAGGAUCAAAAGAACCCAUCGAGCUUUUAUCAGACUUUUUGGGAAGAGAACCAUCAAUUCAAGCUUAUAUUGACAACAAAACGAAGAACAGUUUGUGACUCUUCCUGAGAAAACUUGCAUCAGUGAUGCAAUUAACUUACAAGCGGAUGCAAAUGUAAUUUUGGGAUUUACUAACAUAUUUGCAAGCCCUCUCCACGCACCUGAUCCUUGGCAAGGAUUAAAUUCAUGGACUCACUAGUAGGCUUGUGUUUUAGGAAAGAAUUACAGGUACAACUGCCCAUGAAAUUUUGUAUAUGCUGAGAAUGGAAUUGGGUUCAGUUUAUGAAGGACCAAAGCAUAGU